GGUUGGAUAACAUCAGAAAAAAAAAAAAAAGACUUGCAAUUUGAGACGGGUGGUGCCACUUCUGUCAAGAAGUUCAGGCUGCGAAGAGAAAGUGUGGCCAUGGGGGACGCGGCAAAAGGGAAGAAGGUGUUUGUAUUGAAAUGUGCCCAGUGUCAUACUGUGGAGGAAGGAGGAAAACACAAAGUGGGGCCGAAUCUGUGGGGUCUGUUUGGUAGGAAGACAGGACAAGCGCCCGGGUUUUCUUAUACACAGGCAAAUAUUGACAAAGGGAUUAUAUGGAGUGAAGAGACUCUGAUGGUCUACCUUGAAAACCCAAAGAAAUAUAUUCCCGGAACCAAGAUGAUUUUCAGCGGUCUGAGAAAGAAAAAAGAAAGGCAGGAUAUCAUUGCAUAUUUAAAGGAUGCCACUUCACCCAAAUAGACACACAAGAGUUGUGCUUGUAUUCUAUAGCUGUGGACAUCAGUUUGAUAGAGAUUGUGUUGAACUGCAAUAUUAAACUACUUCCUCCCUGUCA